CUGCCCUGCGCUGCGCACACCCCGGCACGCGGGGGAAGAUGGUGGCCACGCGGCGAACAGCGCGGCUGGAGCCGGAGCCGGAGCCGGAGCCCGAGCCCAAGCCCGCUGUCCCGGCUGCGGCAGAGCUGGCAUCUGCUGAAGUUAGUACUCCUGUUUCUGUGAAGACACCCAGGAGAAGAACUAAAGGAAGCUUGCAGCCAGAAGUCAUUCAUGAAUCUCAGAAUGAAGGGUUGGAAGGUGCUGAAACAAAAUCAGAUCUUGGUGGUCCCUCAGAGGCACAAGCAACUGAGAACGGAGACAAAAAAAUGCAUUCAGCAAAAUCAAGUGCUGAGCCACAGGCUGAUGGAGAUGAAGCAGAAUCAAAUUACUCUGCCAUGUCUGAACUUGAGACACCUUUAUUUAUAAGGAUAACAAGGAGAAGACAAAUCAUAAUUCCUUACCAACCAGAUUCACCAGCCAAAAAUAGGCCUACCAAGGCAGCUCUUCUGAGUGAAUUAAGUAAAUCUCAAGAUGAAGAUGUCUCUGAAGCUGAGUCAUGUUCUUCAACUGUGUCUGGCAUCUGUACAACUAGUGCUACAAGAACUACGAGAAGCAGGAAAUGCAAAGCUAAACUCCACCCAGAUCCAGUUUGUGAAGCCCAAGCUGAAGAGGUUUCUGAUGCAGAGUCAUGGUGCUCGGGUCUUUGUGUGGAGUCAUCUGUAACUAGCAGAAGAAUAACUAGGAGUAUGCUAAUGAAAUCGCAAGCAGAAACCAUUAGACAAACUGAGAAAAAAGUUAGUGAAGUUGUGCUGGAAGAUGAGAAGUUAACUGAGGACAGAAUUAAAUCCCAGCCAGUAGUCAUAUCUGACUGUGAACAUGUCACAAAAUCUGAUUCUGAUACAGAGCAAGCAUCCUCUCUUUCACCUAAUAGAUACAUCACUCAGAGUAAUAAACAACCCAGCCCCUGCAAGACCCAAUGCCAGACUGAAUCUGCCAAUACAGACCCAAGUGAUGACCCAAAACAAGUCUUAAUUGAUUCAACACCCAGCAGUCCUAAAGAAACAGAAAAAAGCUGUACCAUAGCAUCUCCUAAAAAAGAAACAAUAAAGGAGACACACUUGGAAAUUGUAGAGAACACAGAGGAAAUGUUAGAAAAGGAGAGAGACAUAACUGGAAAAGAAUGUGCUUCUCUUUUUCUAUCUGACCAUGGGAGCCUUGAUGAAUCCUUUAAGUCCCAAAGGCAGACCAGCCCAAGUAAAAGAAAUACAAUUCCAGAAUACCAAAAAGCAGAUAUUGAGGAGGCUACACAGAGAUCUUUCACCCAUGCAGAUGAAUUAAUGGCAGCAGACAAGCCAAGUAGCACAACCACCAGCCCGCAAAAGGGCAUACACCGAUCACCAAUUGGUGAUGACAGUGAUGGUGACUGCGAAAUGUCUGAUAUCAAUGUAAACAAUGGUGAAGGUCAAGCAGAACUCGUUACCAAAUCCUCCCCACCUGUAACCAAAAGAUCAUGUAAUGAAAAGAAAUCUGCUGAGUUGCUCCUGAGCAGUGAUGAGACCGAUGAAACUGAAAACAGUGAUGUGGAAGAAGUGGGUGAUGUAGGAGAAAAUCUGUAUUUAGCAGAGACCAGAAAUAAUAAGUCAUCCUUGAACAAAACUUUAGAAGAUGAUUCAUUACAUGGAGAACUGUUUGUAAUUGACACAGAACCUGAUUUGGGCCACAGCAAAAAGUAUUACCUAGAACAGGAAGAAAGAAGGAGCGAUGCAGAAAGUAAGGAUGAAGAAAGAAGGAGUGAUGCAGAAAGGAAGGAUGAAGAAAGUGAAAGAGAUGAGUCCUCAGAUCUGGAAGAUAAUGAGGAGGAGUUCGUAGAUGAAGAUGAAGAUGCAUCUUUAUUGAAAAAUAAAAAGCCUAAUAUAUUAUCAAGCAGCAUAGAUCCUGGUCUAGAUAUCAAGAGGCUUGGAGGUUUAUAUAUUAGCUUUGAUGCAGGAAAACAAAAAGCUGGCUCAAGUGCAAUUAAACAGUUAAAGGGGGAGAAGAAAGAUGAGCUCUUGAAGAAGAGUAUAAUAACUCCAGAUUUUGAAAAAAAGGACUGUGUUCCACCAUUCAAGGAGUCAAUCCAUCAGAUAAAGAAACAGCGAAAGGCAGAGCGAGAGAAAACAACAGGUGAUGGCUGGUUUGGUAUGAAAGCUCCAGAAAUGACAAAUGAAUUGAAAAAUGAUCUAAAAGCUCUGAAGAUGAGGGCUUCCAUGGACCCCAAACGUUUUUACAAGAAGAAUGAUAGAGAUGGUCUGCCCAAAUACUUUCAGGUUGGGACUGUGGUUGACACGCCGAUAGACUUUUACCAUGCUCGAAUCCCCAAGAAACAAAGGAAGAGAACCAUUGUUGAAGAGCUGCUUGCAGAUUCUGAGUUUAGGAGAUACAAUAAAAGGAAGUACCAGGAGAUCAUGACUGAACAGGCAGCUCUUGCAGCAGGCAAGAAGAAUCGGAAGAAGAAGAAAUUUCACAAAUAAGACUAGGAGAAAAUAACAAGAUGAAAGUUUCCUUUUUUGUUUUUGUUUUUAAUUAUAAAAUUGGUUUAAGAUUGAAGCUAUCAUACUGACUGAGUUAGGGCAGGGCUGGCCCUGUUUUAGCAGUAAUAUUUUGACAGGGAAGAAGGAGAUUUGAGACAUGUAAUGGGAUUUUGUGUUGUGGACUGGCAGGGGCGGCUCCAGGCCCCCAGCACACGCACGCUGCGGGGGGCGCUGUGCCGGUCGCCGGGAGUGCGGCAGAUGGCUCUGGUGGACCGCCUGCAGGUCCCGUGGCUUCGGUGGAGCAUUCGCAGGCACGCCUGCGGGAGGUCCACC